GUUCGCUGCUCCAGCUAAAGCAAGCGAGGCAUUGCAAGAGCUGCUGCUGCCUCAGUCCGCUCGGAAUAAACACGGCAGAAAGACGCCGUGCCGUACACGCCCGUUAUUGACUUUGUCACACAUAAUUUGUUUUUGCUGCCUGAAAGUUACAAAUUAAGUGGUUCAUUGAUGCCCUCGAGCGGUUCAAUGUUGUGCUGUACUGUCGUGUACACAUAUGUGUAGGUACGUGUGUGUGAGUGUCCUAUGUCAAUGCAUAAUUUAAAUGCAUAAAUUCAUCUCUAUGUAUGUAUGCAUCUGCAUAUGGAUAUCUAUGAACAAUUAAACACUAUCGCCAGUGUGAAUCAACGAGGAAACAUAGAAGAAAAUCUAUGUGUAUGUACAUAUGUAUGUACAUACAACUGUCUAAAAUGUGCAGACGCAUCCUCGUGCAGAAGCGAACACCUAGACAAGAAGUAAAAAUGCUAAAAAUAAUGAAAUUCUAAUGAAGUUGCUGCCAGUUCCGUUUACAGUUCACAUGUAUACAUAUAUGUAUAUACAUACAUGCAUAUGUAUGCGUAGUUUGAGUGUGUGUGCGUUUAAAUCUGUAUAAUCACAAAUUCUAUAACUAUGCAUACGCUUUUGGCGUGGUAUAGAAUAUAUAUACAAUAUACACAUGUGUAUGUUAAAAAAUCGUAACUGAUCAAUUCUGUUUGAAAAUUCAACCAAUGGUGCAGCGCCGACGGCAACAAAAUGAAUAAAUUACUUUAAAAUAAAAGACUGUGUGACCAAAUCCAAUUUCAGUCCAAAUCGACAUCGGCACACUCCAAAAUGGAUGCGUACACAUUACCAACGUAUUUUCCGCUAGCUUAUACAGAAUUGCAGUUUUUGGCGUCAAGGCGGGCGGCUGCGGCAGCUGCCGCGUCUUCAGUCUCGGCCUCGGUGCUGCCGAGUUCGCCUUCCGCCAACCAGGUACACACAACGGACGUGAGCAGCUCGGUUCCAAUGCCGGGAUCACCCAUGCCCCCUUCAGGGCAUGCGGACUCCAGCUUGGCUUCCAGCGCCGCCGGCGGCCACACAUUGCACCAUCAUCAUCAGCAGCAGCAGCAUCAUGUCCAUGGGCACAAUGUCAAUCAUGGUGUGCCUGGGCAACCGGCGCAGCCACAGCAUGAUUUUCAUCCGGCCUACAGAAUUCCCAGCUAUGUGGAACAGUUCUAUUCCUUGCAGAGAGCCAGCCCCACCGCUUCCUAUCACGAUCCGUACGGAAACUGUGCGCCAACGUUUCAUCUGGCAGGCCUGGGUCUGGGCUCUGGAGAGUAUUUAAGUGCCCGGGGUAUGGGCUCGCUGACCGAACUGCAUCAUGCGGCUGUGGCAGCAGCAGCAGCCGCCGCGGCGGGAUCUCUGGCCAGCACCGAUUUCCAUUUCAGCCUGGACGGCAAUGGACGGCUGGGCAGUCCUCGUCCAGGCGGCGGCGCCGGUAGCAUGCGGGCCAGCGUUAGCCGGAAACGGGCGCUUUCCUCAUCGCCCUACUCCGACUCGUUUGACAUCAACUCAAUGAUUCGCUUCUCGCCCAACUCACUGGCCACGAUUAUGAAUGGCUCCCGCGCGGGCAGCGCGGCGAGCGGCUCCUAUGGCCAUCUCUCUGCCAGUGCCAUCAGUCCGAUGGCGCAUGCGCACACAACGAUGUCGCCCCAUCUGCAGCAGCUGCAGGCUCAUCUGCUGCGCGCCAGCGCCGGACUGCUGCAUCCGAUGCAGGCGGCGGCAGCUGCCAGCUAUUCCAUGAGCCAUGCGGCAGCCGCCAGCGCUGCGGCCCUCAGCCUGACCGAGGUCUCUGUCAAAUCCAAUGCCAAAGAAUUGGCGCCAGCAUCAACGUUGCUAAGCACAGUUGCAGAUGAGUCCGCGAUCAAACCCAUCAUUAGCUCGAACAAGAACUACGAUGAUGGAAGCAUCGAUCGCAAUCGACUACAGGCCAAAGCCAAGCCCAUCGAACAACCGUCGUCGACAUCGGAAAGCGUUGCCCAAGUUGAAGCUGACAGCGCUUCGGCGAAUCUCUUGGAGCGGCGGCAACGGAACAAGGCCUUGGGUGGGGGGCAUCGGGGGCUCAGCCACCACGACGAUGGUCAUCCGGAUGGUCAUCCGUUCAACGAAUACGACUGUGCCACGGCGGACACAACGGACAUUAAAGAUGAGCCAGGUGAUUUCAUCGAGACCAAUUGCCAUUGGCGCAACUGUAGCGUCGAGUUCAUGACCCAGGACGAGCUGGUCAAACACAUCAACAACGAUCAUAUUCAGAGCAACAAGAAGACAUUCGUCUGCCGCUGGGAAGCUUGUUCGCGCGGUGAAAAGCCAUUCAAGGCGCAGUACAUGCUUGUUGUACACAUGCGUCGCCAUACUGGAGAAAAGCCUCACAAAUGCACGUUUGAGGGAUGCUAUAAGGCGUACUCUCGUUUGGAGAACUUGAAAACCCAUCUGCGUUCGCAUACAGGGGAAAAACCGUACACCUGUGAAUAUCCAGGCUGCAGCAAGGCCUUUAGCAAUGCCAGCGAUCGUGCCAAGCACCAGAACCGAACCCACAGCAACGAGAAACCGUAUAUCUGCAAGGCGCCGGGCUGCACGAAGCGUUACACGGAUCCCAGUUCGCUGCGGAAACACGUGAAGACCGUACACGGCGCCGAGUUCUAUGCCAAUAAAAAGCAUAAGGGCUUGCCGCUGCAUGAUGCCAAUUCGGGUCUGGAUAGGGAUCGAGAUAGUGGCCAGCAGCAGCAGCAGCAGCAGCAGCAGCAUCAGCUGCAGGAGCAGCACAUUGACUCCAGUCCGUGCAGCGAGGAUCUGCAUGGAGGCAAACUGUGUCCGGCCAGUGUGUCCAGUCCGAGCAUUAAAUCGGAGUCGGAUGCCAAUUCGCCGGGCCAACUGGCUGCAGGAAACGGAGGUUCUGGCACGAAUUCCGAUUGCCUUAUGCACAUCUAUAGGCAGGAUGAUCUGAGUAAUGCCACCGUGCCGACCCUCGACGAGGGCUGGCCCUAUGACGACGAUAUCGAUGCCGCCGAUCUGCCCAUCGUGCUGCGUGCCAUGGUCAACAUUGGCAAUGGAAAUACGGCAUGUGCUAGCACCAUGGCACGCCAGCGUUUCCGCAGUCGCCUACAGACUAAGGUGAUCAACUCGAGCAAUUCGAUGUUGUCCAACAUACCGGAGAGCAAUCGAUCCAUUGGCAUCAUUGAGCUUAACCAGCGUAUUACCGAGCUAAAAAUGGAGCCGGGCACAACAGCCGCAACUCCGCAGCCAGGACGACCUUUGCCGGGCAACUGUGCUGGACUAACCGAGCUGCACUCGCCGUCACAGCCGGGAGGCCAGCAGAGUCGAUCCACGGCAGCUCAGCUCCAGCAGGGGGGCUAUUCGCAGGCGGCGGUGGCUGCGAUGCGACGCGACAGCCAGAACUCGAAUGCCAGCACAUACUACUGCAGCAUGCAGAGCCGAAGGAGCAGUCAAUCCUCGCAGCUGUCAACGAUAUCGACAAUGAGGCCCUGUCCCGUAUAUAAUAUGGGAUCGGGCGCUCCAUCCUUAUACGAUCCAAUAUCGCCGGGCUGCUCUCGUCGCUCCAGUCAAAUGUCGAAUGUGGUCAACGCAACGAAUGCUCCAUCAAUGUGCCAAACAUCGAGCGGCAUCUGUGGCGGAUCUGGGUUGCGCAGCAACUGCAGCCUACCUCCCCCGCCGUCAUCCCACCUGAUUGCCUCGCAUUUGCAACGCUUGCAGUCGGGAGAGGCGCGCGCCUACUAUCAGAAUCCGAAUCAAAAUCCGAAUGCGAAUGGCGGGCGUUAUUCAAUUCCAAACGUGCUGCAAUCGCCGCUCAAUUCGCACUUUGCCAAUGCGUACGAGGAAAACCCGAUCUCCCAGAAUAGACGUCAGUCGGAGCCUAUCAUGGCACAGCAGAGCAUUGACCGAAGGUUCAAUCCAAAUGUCUUCCAGAACAUGCGCAGCUCCGUCAAUUCCAAUAAUAGAAAUCGAAUGUGUCCAUCGACGGCUUCUACUUCCACUUCCACUUGCGUACAGACCAAGGAUUGCCCAGGUGAACCGACAACCAUGAACAAUUCGCGGGAACAUCAUCCCAAUGAGAAGGUCAAUUUGGAUGAGGUUGAGGAGCUUAUAUUGCCCGAUGAGAUGCUGCAGUAUCUGAAUUUGGUUAAGGAAACCGAGAACCCGAAAUCAAAGGAUGGAGGAACACCAGCUCCACCAGCCAACAAUAUACCGGAUGGAGGAUCACUUACAGCUAAUGCGGUUUAUCAAUCUUUGGUGUCGCCAGCACCAACCCACACUCCCAACUGUCCAUCUCCACUUGUGCAGCUGAUGUCCCCCCAAUCCGGACAUACCAUGUCGGCGUUGGGUAGUCCAUACUCUCAGAGAAACUAUGAAGCAGAAGGCGCCACCCAUUUCUAUCGUCAACAGCAGACGGUUUACUGUACACCAAGAUCUAAUAAUGAACCGUUUGUGACGUCAGGUCAGGCGCCGGCCCCGAUCCUCAACCCGACUCCGACCAUAGCCAUGACCCAGGCAUCCCAGCAUCCGGCUCAGGCUCCGACUCCCACUCAACCACAAUCAACUCCCAGCUACGAGCCACAACAGAUUAUUGACUCCUCGAUGACCAGUCUACCUGAACUGUCGAAUCCUAAUUCGUUGGGCGUUGUUCCCAACGUAAAUAACGGCAACGAGAUACAAUGCGGGGUUGUCAGCCAGUCUCAGUUGUCGCCGACUGCCAAUAUGGAUGUCAAUUGUCCGGCAAAGGCGCCACAGAAUCCCUGCUUACCGAAGCCCAUGGAGGGGGAAGAUCAGUUAAUUGCUCAGCCCCUAAGGGUGGAGGCUAAGGUAUUGUCGGAGCAUCCGAGCAUUAUGUCAUCAAUGCAUUCGGAAACCUAUCAGCGUACCCUGGAAUAUGUCCAAAGCUGCCAGAACUGGAUGGAGACGAACAGUUCGUUGAUGGGCAAUCCGCAAAUGUCCAGUAACCAACACAAUCCGAUUUGGGCUGAUGUGAGCAGCUCGACGCAUCCGCAUCCCAGCACAAAUAUGAUUAUCAACGAUAUGACAACAUCCUUGAGCUCUCUACUGGAAGAGAAUCGAUACCUGCAAAUGAUGCAGUAGCAUACUAAAUAAUGGUUAUAUCUACGUUUGGAAAGACUUAUGCUCACUAGUUUUUAUAAAUCAUUCAAAGAUUCAUAUUCAGAGUUGCCAAUUCAGUUUAAUUAGAACAUUAACAGAUGUCAUUAGACAGACAGUUGACAUUUUAAUACAUUUAUCAACCCUUUUACAGUUUUUAUUUUUACAACUGGAUUAAGCUACUUUUUUGAAGCGGCAGGUGGCCACACUGGUCAUAUUCAGACAUGACUACACAAAAGGACAAGGACAUUGAUUUUAUUAAUUUCAAAACCAAAUCUACGCGACAUACUUCUAAUAAUCAUUCAUACACACAAGCAACACUAAUGUACUUACAUACACAGCUUCAGGGUACAGAUAUUUUCGAGUAUUGAGAAUUAAGAAUUAUUUAUUUUUUUAUUUUCGAUCGACCGCAAAGAAACAUACAUACAUAUAUAUUUAAGUAUAUGCUUAUAUGCUUAUAAGGAAACGUUUGUAAUUGCAUUUGUAUUUAAGCAAUUCAAGAAGAUAAAUUUCUUAUUUAAGAUAGCUAUAAUCAAAAACUACCAAUACGUGUCUUCCCAAUUUCAAUUGAAAUAUAGUGAACAUCGGUAUAAAAAUAAAGAUAUAAUAAAU